AUGGAGCCUUCAUCUUCGCAUAUGGACUUUGUUCCUGAGAACCCUCAACCGUCGGAUCAUCAAGGAAACAUCGAGGUUGAUGAUCGAAUUUCUAGCGACUCCGACUCCGCUUUCCAUGGCUCUAUAGGGGAUGAGAGCUAUACAUCGUCCAUUUCGACAAGUGUUAGAAAUUAUAAAUAUGAGAAUGGGCGGAGAUAUCAUGCAUUCAGAGAAGGGUUGCAUUUUUUGCCCAAUGAUGAGAGUGAACAAGCUCGAAUGGAUCUGGCGCAUCAUAUCUACUUGAUGAUUACCGGCGGUAAAUUGUAUCUCUCUCCAUUACAAGCUCCGCAGAGGGUACUUGAUCUUGGGACUGGGACCGGAAUCUGGGCAAUUGAUUUUGCAGAUGAACACCCAAAUGCUACUGUCUUAGGCAAUGAUCUCAGUCCCAUCCAGCCAUCAUGGAUCCCACCAAACCUCCGCUUUGAAGUCGAUGACUACGAAAGCGACUGGUCCUACUCCGCCAAAUUCGAUUUCAUCCACGGCCGCGAAAUGGAAGGCAUGGUCCGGGACUUUGAUCACCUCUUCGCGCAAUCCUACCAAAAUCUAAACCCGGGCGGAUGGGUAGAGUUUCAAAGCAUCGAAUUAAAUUGUUUUUGUGACGAUAACUCGCGGAAAAAGGCUUCUGCUUGGGUAAGAUGGAGCGAAAAUUUGCAUCGGGCGGCGCGCACGUUUGGGAAGAAUAUGAGGACAGUGAGGACGUGGCCGGAUAAGAUGAGGGAGGCUGGGUUUCGGAAUGUGCAGAGUGUUGCGUAUCCUCUACCGUUCAACCCCUGGCCCAAAGAUCCCAAACUUAAAGAACUAGGCCGCUACCAACAACUCCAUAUGUUCGAGGGCAUGGUCUCAUACAGUCUACGCUUGUAUACGAAUGUGCUGAAAUGGCCCAAGGAAGAAGUCGAGGUCUUAUUGAAUGAUGUCCAAAAGAUUAUCAAGGAUCGCUCAUGUCAUAUCUAUACGCUGGUGCAUUUUGUUUAUGGGCAGAAACCUGUUGAUGCGCCGGAAUAA